AUGAUAGAAAGUGCCCAGGUAGCAGAGGACACAUACCAAAUGUCUGGUGUGGAGGGAAUCAUGUCUCUCAUCUCAUCCAUUAAAGUUAAGCUGGACAGACUACAUGAAGGGCAGCAGAAGCCAACUAAUGACUUUCAACCCUCCCCCAGCAAUGCAUUCCCCAACCCCCUCCUUCCCUCUGCCAUCACCCAGUUUUCCCCGUCCUACCACCUCCCAUCCCACCCCCAGUGUAUCAUGCCCACAGACAUCCAUUCAAAUGCAUCCACUCUUAAUGUUGGAAGGAAGUGUAGCAAUAAAGAGGAUGAAAGUUCAAGUGAUGCAUGGGGUGAAAGUUCAAGUGAUGCAUGGGAUGAAAGAUCAAGUGAUGCAGGGGAUGAAAGUUCAAGUGAUGCAGGGGAUGAAAGACCAAGUGAUGCAGGGGAUGAAAGUUCAAGUGGUGCAGGGGAUGAAAGUUCAAGUGAUGCAUGGGAUGAAAGACCAAGUGGUGCAGGGGAUGAAAGUUCAAGUGGUGCAGGGGAUGAAAGUUCAAGUGGUGCAGGGGAUGAAAGUUCAAGUGGUGCAGGGGAUGAAAGUUCAAGUGAUGCAUGGGAUGAAAGACCAAGUGAUGCAUGGGAUGGAAGACCAAGUGAUGCAUGGGAUGAAAGUUCAAGUGGUGCAGGGGAUGAAAGACCAAGUGAUGCAGGGGAUGAAAGUUCAAGUGAUGCAGGGGAUGAAAGACCAAGUGAUGCAUGGGAUGAAAGUUCAAGUGGUGCAGGGGAUGAAAGUUCAAGUGAUGCAUGGGAUGAAAGAUCAAGUGAUGCAGGGGAUGAAAGUUCAAGUGAUGCAUGGGAUGAAAGACCAAGUGAUGCAUGGGAUGAAAGACCAAGUGAUGCAGGGGAUGAAAGACCAAGUGAUGCAUGGGAUGAAAGUUCAAGUGGUGCAGGGGAUGAAAGUUCAAGUGAUGCAUGGGAUGAAAGACCAAGUGGUGCAGGGGAUGAAAGUUCAAGUGGUGCAGGGGAUUAA